UUACCUCAAGAAUUAACCGUGAAGGGAAUCGAUAUUGACUGUGACGAAAAUCAUGUCAGGGUGACAGGUAGCACUGAACAAUAAAUUCGGCCGUGGCCCAAUAUUCAGAUCAAAUCGUUUGUUUGCUUAAAAUUCCACCUGUUCUUUUCCACUUGAGCAAUGCCUCAACGACUCGAGUGCAACACUGCCGUGUUAUUAAAAAGAAUGGUUUACUUUUGUCAUGUUUUGCCGCGGUUGUGUUUCCUUUCUUUUGCAGUUAUUUGGAAUGUUCGGAAUACAGCUCAAGGAAAAUAUUGUUAUUCUUAUGAAUCGCUUAACAUCGCAGAGCUAAAGCGAGGUAACUGCCAGCAAAUCAAGAACGCCACUUCUCAACAUUGGUUAAAAGCUGACUGUAAAAUAAGAAGUUCUGGGGGAUACCGGAAACGUGACUUUGCUCAAUGUUUACAGUUGUGGUGUGAUUACUUUUCAAUAUGCCUUCAUCAAACAACCGAAUGGAAAAGCUAUUGCUCCUUAAAGUUUUAUAGACUCCGUUCAUCUUUCUUCGAUGUAAGUACAGGGGUAGGAGUGAAUGACGUCUCUCACUUCAAACACGUUUACUUCAAGUAUUGCGGUAUACCAAAAUACGGAAGAAACUACUUUUUGAAGACAUUCGCCAUCAGGAUUACCUCCAUAGAAUGCCAAUCGAGAAAAACAGGAAAAGUGCCCCCAUGUUUGAACACCGCGUUAUGGAAAAAGAGUUCCAAUACCUGCAAUUACCUGAAAAAUGGAACAAACAACAUCUGGUACACAGUUGGUUUGGGUUACCAUUCUUCACUGAGAUGGUGCGAUGCAUUUCGGAACUGUUAUGGGUCUAACGAUCUCAGAAAUCGAUGCCGUCGGGAUUUUGACUUCUACUUUCGACUUCCACCAACUUUUACAGUAGAAAUACUCAGUUAUUUACCUCACACACGGAUCCAGGUCAAUUACGUUUGUAGCGGUCGUUACACCUUUGCUGUUAAUGUGAUUCGGUGCAACUCUGAAUCAAAACUAAAUGACAGUUUAGUAGUAACGAAUGAUAACGAUGAUGAUGAUGAUGAUGAUGACAAUGCUGAAGCUCCACAGACCUUGAACUCUCAGGUACUGAACGCCAUUGGCCUCCUUGACAUUGAAAGAGAGGGAUCCAUGCAGAGCGCUUUGGAUGCGUUUGAGGAGGCACUCUCCAGAUUUUCUAAUGGAACGUUUGGGAAUCAAACAGAGGAGGAAAAAAUGGAGGAGGUUUUUCAAGCAACAUACGCUUUUGAACAAUUUGUGUUGGAAUACGCUCAGUAUCACCUCAAUAAAACAACACCAAACCUUAGCAUUAACAGCCAAGAAAUCGAUUUGGAAAUCAGACGUGUUUACCAUCAAAAUGAGAGUGAUUUUGAUCUCCAGGCACCUGAAGGAAAAAACUUUGUUAAAAUUCCAUCGGGAAACUUUCAGAACGGUUCAGAAUUAGUUAUGGGAGUUUUAUACAAAAGUCUUUAUAAAAUGCUUUUAAUUGAUGAUAUUUACACUAAAGAGGCGACUAACAAAAGCAGACAUCUCAACACGAUCGUAAUGUCUGCUACAAUUAUUCCACCUCCCACGAGGCUGACGCAUAAUGUUACGUUAAUGUUCAGGAAUUUUCAGGCCGCAAACAGGAAAAGAGACUGCGUGUUUUGGAACACACCAGACAGCAGCUCGGUAGGCUGGUCAGGACAAGGUUGUUCUGUAAAAUAUAUGGACGAAUCUCAAACGGAAUGCAGCUGCAAUCAUUUGACCCAUUUUGCUGUCCUGAUGCAGUUUGGCACGGAACCUUACAAUGAAGACUUAUCUGAGACCGACAACAAAAUUCUGGAGAUUCUUACCUACAUGGGUUUGACAUUAUCUCUGAUUGGAAUUACCAUGACAAUUCUCGGCUACGUUUUUCUCACGGAGAUGAGAGGUCCUUUGUCUCAGAUCCGUGUUAGUCUGGUUGCUUCGCUUGGCGCAGCUCAAAUCAUAUUUCUUGGUGGGAUUGGUGCGACUGAGAACAAAAAAGUAUGUGUAAUAGUAGCAGCCCUUGAGCAGUUCUUUUUAACAGCCGCUUUCUGUUGGAUGUUCAUCGAGGGAGUUUACCUUUACUUGUUUGUUGUAAAAGUCUACAACGUUACAAACAAGAUGAAGAUAUGCCACGGAGCUACAUGGGGUUUUUCUGCACUUGUGGUCACCUUAUCCUUGAGCAUCACGGCAGGCAUAGCGGGAAUCGAGAGUUUUGUCAGCGAGAAAUACUGCUGGCUUUCUAACGAAAAUGGUCUGAUCUGGAUAUUCCUUGCCUUUGUCUUGCUUAUUGGAUUGCUUAACAUUGUGAUCCUUGUACGAGUUAUCAGGGAGAUGACGACGAUGCAGCAAACCAAGGACAAUCAAACUGAACAAAUCAGGCUUGGCAUCAGAGCAUGCGUGGUAAUGAUUCCUCUCUUGGGUGUCACGUGGCUGUUUGGCGUUUUACUGCCAUUACACAAAGCUUUUGCCUAUAUUCUCACGAUUUUCAACUCAACCCAAGGUUUUAUGAUUUUCCUCUUGCACUGCGUGAGAAACACGGAGAUAAGAAGUCGACUCAGGAGAAAGCUCCAUUCCAUUUUCCCAUUAGUAGACAAUGGAACAAGUAUUAGUAGAAGCUCUCAUGAAAAUGAAACUGCCACCGGCAAUAUUUCGAGAAAAACUAAAGCUAAACAUAGUGUUGUAACCGAAAGAAGAAAUGACAGUUCAGAGAAAACUUCUUGUUUAUAAAUGAAUUUGGAUACAAACACUUAAAGAGAACAUUGGUUAGUUUACAAUGGUUAGGGAUCGAGAGGAUGAUCCCCCAGACAUUCUCGUCAAAUCAUUAUCAACUUAAGUCAUCUAAUGGCAGAUGAUAAUAAUAAUAAUUUAUUGACUUAUACUGCGCAAUUAUCAAUACAAAAUUCUCAAUUGCGCAUUACAAUUUUAAAAAAUUCAACUAU